GGCGCCGCUGCUUCUCUAGCGGAGCUCAGUGGACGCUCAGUGUCGGCGGAGGAGGCGGCGGACGCGGAGGCCUCCUCAGCCGGCAGGCAUUUCUUUUGUCCUGUUGUUUUUAAACGAAGUCAAAAUGCCAAUAAGACCAGAUCUCCAACAGUUAGAAAAAUGCAUUGAUGAUGCUUUACGAAAAAGUGAUUUCAAACCUUUGAAAACGCUUUUACAAAUUGAUGUUUGUGAAGAUGUGAAGAUUAAAUGCAGCAAACAAUUUUUCCACAAAUUUGAUGACCUUAUAUGCAGGGAACUUAGUAAAAAGGAUAUUCAAAACAUUUCAACCAUUCUGGUUUCUGUUGUAAGAUGUGGUAAAAAUAUCAGUAUAUUGGGACAACCUGGACUUCUAACCAUGAUAAAACAAGGACUAGUUCAAAAGAUGGUUACCUGGUUUGAAAAAUCCAAGGAGAUUAUACUGAGCCGAGGAAAUUCAAAAGAUGAAGCUGUUAUAAAUAUGAUAGAAGACUUACUUGAUCUUUUGAUGGUCCUGUAUGACAUCAGUGAUGAAGGUAAAAAGCAAGUAGUGGAAAGUUUCUUACCUCGAAUUUGUGCCCUGGUUAUUGACUCAAGAGUGAAUAUUUGUAUUCAGCAGGAGACUUUAAAAAAAAUGAAUGUUAUGCUUGACAAAAUGCCUCAAGAUGCCAGGAAAAUACUUUCUAACCAACAUAUGUUAACUCUCAUGAGUAGUAUGGGAGAAAGAAUUUUAGAAGCUGGAGAUUAUGAAUUACAGGUAGGCAUUGUGGAAGCUUUAUGUAGAAUGACCACAGGAAAACAAAGACAAGAACUGGCAUGUCACUGGUUUUCAAUGGAUUUUAUUGUUAAUGCUUUUAAAGGAAUUAAAGACUGUGAAUUUGAAACAGAUUGUAGGAUAUUUCUCAACCUGGUAAAUGGCAUGCUUGGAGAUAAGAGAAGAGUCUUUACAUUUCCUUGUUUGUCAGCAUUUCUUGAUAACUAUGAGUUGCAAAUACCAUCAGAUGAAAAACUUGAGGAAUUUUGGAUUGAUUUUAAUCUUGGGAGCCAGACUCUAUCAUUCUACAUUGCUGGAGAUAGUGAUGAUCAUCAGUGGGAAGCAGUCACUGUGCCUGAGGAAAAAGUUCAGAUGUAUAGCACUGAAGUGAGAGAAUCAAAGAAGCUACUGACUAUAAUUCUGAAAAAUAUAGUAAAAAUUAGUAAAAGAGAAGGGAAAGAAUUGUUUUUGUAUUUUGAUGCAUCAUUAGAAAUCACUAAUGUGGCUCAAAAACUUUUUGGUGCACAUAAAUACAGGGAAUUUACCAGGAAACAAGGUAUUUCAGUUGCCAAAACAUCUGUGCAUAUACUUUUUGAUGCAAGUGGAUCACAGAUUCUAGUACCAGAAAGUCAGUUCUCUCCAGUUGAAGAAGAACCUCUUAGUUUAAAAGAAAAAUCUAACCCCAAAAAGGAAAUUGCAAAAUACAUCAAAAGCAGUAGAGAAGAGGACAAAAAAUAUAGUCAAGUUGAGAUAACUACUCCUAGCAAAAGAAAAAUGUCUGAAGCAUCAAUGAUUGUUGCUGGUGGAGAGAGAUACUCUGCGAGAAGUCCAUUACUUUUAAUCAACACAUCAACACCACAAGAAAGAAAAAUUAAGCCACCUCUUCAAAUGAUAAGUUCUGCAGAAAAAGUUGGUAUUUUUAAAACAUCAGAAAAUGGAGUGGAUAACACCAUAUCCCUUAAAUCUGGACCAUCUGAAGGAAGUCAUAAAGGAAAUAACAUAGACAAACAUAUCAAAGCUGAUAAAGUUGCAGAAAAGACAGAAAAAGAGGACAUUGAAUUCCCAAACCCAAAUGACAACGAACUCCAGGAUGCUAUUCCUGAUUCACAGGCAGUGGGAAAGAUAGAUAAACCUGGGUUACCUGGUGUUUUAGACAUCUGUGGAAAUAAAAUGCACUCCAAAUGGGCAUGCUGGACACCUGUAACAACUAUUAAACUGUGUAAUAACCAAAGAGCAAGUACUUUAUCAGGAGACACAUUUAAUCAAGAUAUUGGUGUCAACAAAAAACAUACUAAACAAAAAUCACCCUCAUUGAUAUCUGAUGAUGAUUCUGAAGAAACAGGAAAGAUGAAGUACAAGACAGAAAUAGUGGAGCAGAACAGAAUGGAUGAAGCAGAAGAAGUUUGCAAAAGAAGCAAUCAGCAACAAAAUCAUCCUAGAUGUGCGGGGCAGAGAGGUACUGAAAAUGCCAAGCAGAGUGAUUGGCAUAUUGAAUCUGAAACUACUUUUAAGUCAGUUCUCCUAAAUAAGACGACAGAAGAAUCUCUGAUCUAUAGGAAGAAAUACAUAUUGUCAAAAGAUGUGAACACUGCUGUUUGUGAUAAAAGCCCUUCUAGAAAAGCUGUGAAAAGUCAUGCAAAAUCAGGGAAACAACUGUCUUCUGAACUUAAUGCCUGGGAUUUGAGACAAAAAACAAUGAGAGAAAAGUCAAAAGGGAAAGCAUUUACAGAAGCAGCAGAGUCCUUGAUAAGCCAAAUUAAUGAGAGAUACAAACCAACAGAUGAUAUUAAGUCUACAAGAAAAUUAAAAGAGUCUUUGGUUGACAGUGGGUUGUCAAACAAAUCUGAUGUACAACUCAGUAAGGUAGGUGUUCAGAAAAAAAGUUACAGAAAACUGAAGACUACUUUUGUUAAUGUUACUUCUGAAUGCCCAUUGAAUGAUGUUUACAAUUUUAAUUUGAAUGGAGCUGAUGAACCUAUUAUAAAACUUGGGAUCCAAGAAUUUCAAGCUACAACUAAAGAAGCCUGCAUGGAUAAUUCAAUAAAAUUGGGAGAUCUAAAGGAUCAUGAUGAACUUGAACCUUCACUCAAAACAAAAGAUAAGAGAAUAUCAAAUCAUACAAAGAAAAAUCUGUUUAGUGAUACUGAUACAGAAUACAGAUGUGAUGACAGCAAAACGGACAUUAGCUGGCUAAGAGAACCAAAGUCAAAACCACAGUUAAUAGCAUAUACCAGAAAUAAAAAUGUGAAGCAAUAUACAAAUGGGAAAUCAAGAUCAUCCUUGGAUAAGGGACAGCCAAGAUCUAAAAUGGCAUCCAAUAAAAACAUUACCAAAAAGGAAAAUGAAGCAGUUCCACAUGGAAGAACUAGACUUCCCAGAAGAGCAGCAAAAGCUAAAAAGAAUUACAAAGAUCUCUCAAAUUCAGAAUCAGAGAGUGAAGAAUUUCCACAUUCAUUGAAAGAGAAAAGGCUAGUAAAGGAGGAGAAUAUACAUUUCAGAAGCAAAACAACAAAACUGCCAAGGAAACAACAGAAAGUCUCUGAUGAAACACAGAAAGGACUAUCAAAAGAUUGGAAAAACUCAUCUCUACAGAAAGAUACUCUAAGAGAUACCAGUCUUGACUUAUCUCCUGUAUCUUUAUCGGGGAGUGUUUCAUCUAUAGAAGUAAUGAGAUGUAAAGACAAAACAACAGAAAAGGAUUUUACUCAGGAUUAUGACUGCAUAAGAAAAUCUCUCUCACCUUAUCCAAAAAUUUCAUCACCUGAAUCCUUAAACAGUACUGAUGAAGUUAGAGAUUCAGGAAACUCGCCCAAAAACAAUGAGCUAAACUUACAGUGUACAAGUGAAAGUUGCUCACCAGUUCCGGGACCAGUCUUUUUGCCCAGGUAUACUCCAAUUAAGAAUAAUAUUGUUGUGAAUAGAAAUAUAAAUCCUGUUGUAUUUGCACAAGAAACACAAAAUUGUAACAGCAAUUCAGAUGUGAGCAGUAAUAGUUCAGAAAAACAUUUUAUGGAAAUUGAAUCUCCAAAUAUCAAUGAAAAUCAUAUACAAAGCAAAAGAGAGGAAAGCCAUUCAGCAUCUCCAUUAUCCAUGUCUAGUGAAAGAAGAGAGAAAAUAGAGUUUGACAUACUCAGUGACACUACUCAUGUAUCAGGUCCCACUCAACAUCUUAGUUGCAAACGAAUGUACAUAGAAGAUAAUCUAAGUGAUUACAAUGGAGUGAAAACAGAAGAGUCAGAAGAAAGGAGAGCACACUUGCCUCCCAAAAGACUGUGUAAAACAGAAGACACAGAUCGGCGCACCUACAAAACAUCUGGAAGUAUGUCUCCAUUAUCACCAAAGGACUUUUCUGUUCCUGAUGAGGACUGGAACAGUGACAUAUCAGGUGUAGAGAUGCUUUGUGAGAAGAUCAACUCAGAAUUUAAGAGGAAGAUGCAUGUCCGAAGUAAAAUGACAGAUUAUUUUACUAACCAGUCUUGGAAAACGGCUUGGCAGCAUCUGAAAACAAUGAACCAUCAAAUUCAGGAGUAUAGAAUUAAAAAACUUGAUAAAUUCAAAGUCAUCAUCACAGAAGAGCUGGAGAAUUUUGAAAAAGAUGCACAGUCUUUAAAAGAUUUAGAGAAGGAAUUCAUGGACUUUUCAGAAAAGGUAUUUCAGAAGUUCAGUGCAUAUCAUAGAAAUGAACGGCAAAGGCUUCAUCUCUUGAAAACCUCAUUGGAUAAAAAUGUCUUCUGUAACACAGAUUAUGAAGAGACUAUUUUUACAUCUGAGAUGUCUUUGAUGAAAGAAAACAUGAAAAUGUUACAAGACAGGCUUCUUAAGGAAAUGCAAGAAGAGGAACUUCUCAAUGUACGCAGAGGACUGAUGUCAUUAUUCAUGACUCAUGAAAGAAGUGUUAAUGUGUGA